AUGGAUCAAAAUAAGAACAACGAGGAAACCACUCCUCUCUUGCACAACAACAGCAAUCUUUCACCUCAUAAUUAUAAAUCCUCUUCAACUGCCACUGGCUCAUCAACUGACGACAAUGACGACCGCAUUACCAUUUUAACAUCCAACCCACCGUCGGUUGCUGGUAGCAAACACAGCCGUCGCAGUAGUAGCAGCAGCAGCAGCAGCGGCAGCAGCAACGAGGAUACGUCCGCUUCCCCGGAGGACGAUAUUGUGGCAAAAAGAUUAAACGGUGCAUCCAUCGUCACGGUGCUUGCUUCACUUUACGUCGCCGUAUCUUUGGCUUCAUUGGACGCAUCCAUCGUUGCAACCGUUUAUGCUCAAAUUGGUACUGAGUUUAAAAGAUCGAACGAGAUUAUUUGGGUAGCCACGUCGUAUAUGCUCAGUUUUACUGCAUUGCAACCUCUUUGUAAAAUCUCCGAUGUGUUCGGACGAAAGUCAGCCUUGUUGUUUGCUACGAUUGUAUUCUUUAUUGGAUCCUUACUAUGUGGUGCUGCACCGAAUAUGUGGUCCUUGGUCGCCGCCCGUGCUGUUGCUGGUUUGGGUGGCGGUGGAAUUAAUACCCUUACCACUGUCAUCGUAAGCGACUUGGUCCCAUUGCGUCAACGUGGUACUUAUCAAGGUUAUGGUAACAUGGCAUAUGGUUUGGGAUCUGUUAUUGGAGGACCGUUAGGUGGUUUCAUUACGGAUAGUGUUGGCUGGAGAUACUGUUUCUACAUCAACCUGCCGAUUCUCUUAAUCACUAUCUAUACUGCAUCCUGUAUCUUGACCAACUACAACUUGAACGAACGCAAGGACAACUCCACGACAUUUGAACGUCUCAAACAGAUUGAUUACUUGGGCGCCAUUUCAAUCGUUUCUGCUGUCGUUGCAUUCUUAUUGGCCACAUCGAUGGGUGGUAACCUGCGUUCUUGGACGGAUCCUUUGGUGAUCGGAUGUCUUUGUGCAUCGGUUGUAUUGGCUGUCGUCUUUUGUGUGAUCGAGGCCAAUGUGGCUCGUAACCCGUUGAUGCCAUGGCACAUUGUUACCUCCCAAACUCCCCUUGCCUGUUCCUUGACUAACUUUUGGGUGCUCAUGUGCACCACUGCUACCAUAUAUAUCACUCCCUUGUAUUUUCAGGGCUUAUUGGGUGAAACUCCCACAGCAUCCGGCAUCUACUUUUUACCAAAGAUUGCAAGUGUCUCGAUUGGAUCUGUCUUGUCUGGUAUAUACAUGUCGCGUACGGGCGAGUACAAGAAUAUUACCGUUUCAUUUACGUUCAUACUCUUGCUUGCCAUGAUGGGUUAUUCGACGUGGACAAGAGAAACACCCAUGUACAUUAUUAUGCCAUGCUUGCUGAUGGACGGUUUCAGUAUGGGUGUUAUUAUUACGACCACUUUGAUCGCAAUGUUGUCAUGUGUGGGAGCGGCAGAGAUGGCCACUAUCACGAGUAUGUCAUAUCUUUUCCGUUCUGCUGGAGGCGUUAUUGGUAUUUCUGCUACUACGGCCAUCUUCCAAGCUGUGGUCAAGACUAGCUUGUCCGAACAGAUCACUGGUCCUGAUGCACAAAAGUAUAUCGACAUUGCUCGACAGUCAAUGACCGAAAUCCGAGAACUGCUGCCAGACGAUGUUUUGGAAGCUGUUCUUGAUAUUUACGAAGUUGCAAUUCGCUAUGCAUUCCUAUCAACCGUGGUGAUGGCAACGCUAGCUUUGAUUUGUACCUUCUUUAUCCAACGUCACGAACUUCAAACCACUGUUCGAAAGUAG